UUGGUUUCUAUAGAAACCACAAAACUAUAAAUGCAUAAACAUUACUAUUUAGGUACUUGAAGUAAAAAUGUACCGUAAAAAAAAUGUCUGAACCCAAUAGAGCACCAGUGGAUUUCUUCAUAAAAAUGCAUAGUGCAUUGAUGGCUAAAAACUAUAGUACUGCAUUGAAUUACUGCAAUACAAUUUUGAGUUAUGAACAAACAAAUGAGACAAUGAUGACAUUUCAUGAACUACUUACAAAAAAAAUAGACAUGAUGGAUGAGGAAUCAGAUAGUACAGAUACCAGCUGCAGUGAGUCUAGCUUAUCGGAAAGAGAAUGAUCUGAUGCGAAAAAAUAACAAAUUUAGUAUUUAAAUCUAAUUAUAUUACACACACAAUCAAUUUAUUUACAUUUCAACUAUUUAUACAAAUAAAUCUGUAAAUAUUCAUUUUAACUAUUAAAAAACUUAAUAACUAGUUUAUGAAAUAAAUAUACUAAUUAUUUUAGGUUUUUAAUGAAAAUAUGACAUUACAUUUGUAUACAAAUAUCAAUUUAGACAAAUUAAGAAACAUAGUUAUUAUUCAAAUUUUCAUGUCUUUUUAAAUGUUACAAGGAUGUUGACGAGUCAUUAAAAAGGUAAAACUUACAAAUGUGUUAAAAAAUAAAAGUUAAAUGAUUAAAAUAAUUGUUUUGCUCUCAUUCACAAAUUGGUAUUUAGUUAUUUUUUUAAAUUAAAUUAAAUUGGCAACAAACCAUCCUUUAAAACAAAACCUUCAAAAUAUCCACACCCUGUAUCAUGAAAAAAAGAGAACAAAAAUUAUUGUAAGCUUUACAUUAUAUUAAACACAUAAACAUAAAUGCAAAUACACACAUACACACAAACAUACACAUAAACUCACUUUUACACACAUAAUAUAACAUAAACAUAUCGGUAUUACAUAUCAUAUAAAUGUAAAAGUUGUAAUAAAAUAAAGUCUGCAUUAUUUGAAAAAUAAAAAAAUUAAACACUCUUUAACAAUGUUUAAAAUAUAAAUGUAAAUACUUUACAAUUUAUUCUGUUUUUCUAUAUACAUUAUUUAUGUAGUAAAUUAUGUGCAGAUUUAUUUAUUUUGAAUGUAAACAAACAACUAUUGUGUAUGAAGCAGCAGUCUUGGAGUUUGCUUGUAGUUGUACUAACUUAUAUAAAAUAUUUUAUAAGGAACAAAAAAAAAAAAAUAAUAAUAAUAAUAAUUUUAAUUAUAAAAUACAAAUAAAAAAGAAGAGAGAUUUAUUUAUAAUAAAGGAACUAUUUUAUACAAUAUUAGUACCUAGAUAUAAAUUAUUAAACAAUCUUACAACCAUAGCCAAAUGAAAACAACAAAAUUAAACAACAAUGACAGAUAAAAUCUAUAGUUGUUAUACUAUUUAAAUUUUAAAUUUUAAUAAUGUAGUCUUAAGUAUGAAUUUAUAAUAUUCAUAUACAGGGCCGGUCCCUUUGUCCUAACCCAAUUUUCUAAUAUGAUAAAUUAUAAGAAUAAUUCAAUUUAGUCAAUGAACGAUGUGAUUUUUAAUUUCUUUAAUUGUUUAUAUUUAUUUUAUUUACAAUAUUAGGCUUUUUAGAUUUUUUUUUUUUUUAUAGUUAAAUACAUAUCAGGACUUAAGGUACAAAUAAAUAAUAAUUUAAAUCAUUUGGAACUAAACUUUAUUUGUUCCAUAACUAACUAUAAUUUUUCUGUACAUAUUUAAUUUAAUUGAUAAGUACCUAUAUUAUAAUAUAUUUUAUUAAGACCAAUAAGUCCAAAGUUCCUAUCAA